AUGGAUCAAGGCCUAGUUUGUGGUUGGGCUCCUCAAGUUGAGAUUCUGGCCCAUAAAGCAGUCGGAGGGUUCGUGUCUCACUGCGGUUGGAACUCGAUAUUGGAGAGUUUGGGAUUCGGCGUUCCGAUCGCCACGUGGCCGAUGUACGCAGAACAACAGCUAAACGCGUUCACGUUGGUCAAGGAGCUUGGUGUGGCCAUGGAGUUGCGGAUGGAUUACGUGUCGGAAGAAGGACAUAUAGUGAAAGCUGAUGAGAUCGCAGGAACCGUUAGAUCUUUGAUGGACGGUGAGGAUCGUGUGCUGAAGAGUAAAGCGAAGGAUAUUGCUGAGGCGGCGAAAGAGGCUGUCGUGGACGGUGGAUCUUCGUUUGCUGCCAUUAAAAGAUUUAUCGGUGACUUGAUCAUCGCCGAUGGUUUAUGA